AUGUCAACAAUGCUGCGUAUUAUCAAAAGAAUCCAGCCCUUAAGGGCUUUCUCGUCAGCACUACCGGCACCAGACACAAAUCCUUCGAUCAUGUACGCUGGGACAUUUACCACCGUGAACCCGACAACCGGCGAAGUAAUCACCGAGGUACAAGAAGGCGAUACCAAAGACAUUAACUUGGCAGUAAAAGCAGCUCGCAAAGCAUUUAAACUUGGGUCAAAAUGGAGAACGAUGGACGCUUCACAACGCGGUGUCCUUCUUCAUAAGCUGGCUGAUUUAAUAGAACGGGAUCAUAUAUAUCUCGCGUCCUUGGAAACUUUGGACAACGGUAAGCCUUUCACAGCAUCGUACGGGUUCGACGUGCCCCAGAGUGCUAGUGUUCUGAGAUACUACGCCGGGUGGGCUGACAAAAACCAUGGCAAGGUAAUUCCGAUGGAUGGUAAAUUCUUCGCUUACACCCGACAUGAACCUGUUGGAGUUUGCGGUCAAAUUAUACCCUGGAACUUUCCGUUGCUGAUGAUGGCGUGGAAAUUGGGACCAGCAUUAGCGACGGGAAACACUGUGGUUUUAAAACCCGCUGAACAGACACCUCUGACGGCCUUGUACCUGGCUUCGUUGGUAAAAGAAGCUGGAUUUCCACCGGGAGUAGUCAAUGUUGUCCCCGGAUUCGGUAAAGCCGGCGAAGCGUUGGUGCUUCAUGAUGAUGUAGACAAAGUAGCGUUUACUGGAUCAACAGAAGUUGGUAAGCUGGUGAAGCAAGGUGCUGCGAUGAGUAAUUUAAAGCGAACUACCUUGGAAUUGGGUGGAAAGUCCCCGAAUAUUAUUUUCAAAGAUGCUGACAUGACUCAUGCCGUUGAAACUGCUCACUUUGGUCUUUUCUUCAACAUGGGACAAUGUUGUUGCGCUGGAUCUCGAACCUUUGUCGAGGACGAUAUUUAUGAUGAGUUUGUUGAAAAAAGUGGUAUCCGCGCUCAGAAAAGAACUGUAGGAAACCCCUUCGAUGCUAAUGUUGAGCAUGGUCCUCAAAUUGACGAAGAGCAGAUGAAUAAAAUUCUUGAGAUGGUUAAAAGUGGAAAAGAACAAGGCGCUAAAUUAGUUACUGGAGGAGACAGAGUCGGAAGUGCAGGGUACUUUAUUUCUCCUACUGUAUUCGCUGAUGUCCAGGAUGAAAUGACUAUUGCUCGUGAAGAAAUCUUUGGACCAGUUCAGCAAAUAUUAAAAUUCAGUGAUCUAGAUGAAGUAAUAGAACGUGCUAACAAAACAGAUUACGGACUAGCUGCUGCUAUUUUUACGAAAGAUAUCGAUAAAGCUAAUCAUGUUAUCCAAGGACUGAGGGCUGGAACCGUCUGGGUCAAUACUUACAACGUUCUGGCGAACCAAGUACCGUUUGGUGGGUACAAAAUGAGCGGGCAUGGUCGUGAGCUCGGAGAGUAUGGUCUUGACGCUUACACAGAAGUUAAAAGUGUAAUUAUGAAAGUUAAUACGAAGAACAGUUAG